CAUGACCUUGUUUUGAGCGCGUUGUAGAUUGAUGCACGCAUCUGUUGCUGCACGCGCUCCUGCAGCGUGUGGUUUUCUGUAAAUAAUAACGUUACUAUCCGUUUUUGGUUUCGCAAUGGAGGCCUUUAACCACAUACUACUACAAUAUCCACCGUUUAUUGUUGGUGGUGUGGGAGCGACGGCGAUUGCUGCGGGAGGAGCGCUGCUUUAUAAGAUUGCAACCAGAAAGAAACCAACUCAUGUCAAAGUAAAUUGCUGGUUCUGCGAUCGGGAUACAGUGGUCCCCUAUGGGAAUAGGAAUUGCUGGGAUUGUCCAUACUGUGAUCAGUAUAAUGGUUUUCAAGAGAAUGGGGACUACAACAAACCCAUUCCUGCUCAAUACAUGGAGCAUCUCAAUCACGGAGUUUCAGCCGGUGUCCCUGAGACUCCCAAGCCUCUGCAGUGGGUCAACUGUCAGAUGCUCCUGUGCAAGAAAUGCAACACCAACCAAACUCUAAAGAUCAAGCAGCUGGCAUCGUUCAUCCCCAGGGAUGAUGAAAACUAUGAUGAAGAGAUCGAGUUGUAUAAGCAUCACCUCGAGCAGACAUACAAACUGUGUCGGCCGUGUCAAACGGCAGUGGAGUACUACAUCAAACACCAAAACCGACAACUGAGAGCUGUGCUGUUCAACCACCAGUUAAGACGCACCCGGGAUGCAGAUAAGGCCUUCGUCAAGAGCACGUAUUCCCUCACUACACCGGGUUGGUUGAUCUUGCUCCGGGUCCUUGCGUUUCUCGCCUGUGCCUUUUUGGUAGUCGUGGCUUUGUCUGGAUCUGAAGUUGCCCCGCGUAAACCUUCCCCCAAAAAUGACCCAGAAACCAAAGCCAACCAAAGCAGCAAGAUGUGGAGUGAUCUCGUGGGUUUUCUUCCAGAAGAGACCAGGGAAAACGUCCGGCUGAUCUGGCAAUCCGGUAGUGAGCAUCAAAUGGCCGUGGCCUCUGCUGGUCUCCUGACUUGCAUCACAGCCGUCUUAAUGGCAGGACCUGUCAGGUUGAGGAGGAUUGAUGCUGUGGCGUCUGUGCUUUGGCUCCUGGUGAUAUGUUUCUACCUGGUUGAGUUUUACCUUAAAGCGGAAAUCCCUGAUUGGUUGGAAGCGGUCAAGUUUGGCAUCACUUCUCUUUGUUGUCUGGUGGGAUUCGCUGCCGCUGUGGCAACCCGUAAAUCGACAAAUCAGAGGAGAGCCAGAGGUCGCAGGUAUCUGUCUGGUAGUUCUUCUGACCUGUACUAUAGUAAUCGUUCUCCUCUGCUGUCUGCACCUGUGUCUGGGUCGUCUUCCUUCAUCCCCACGCCUCCCCCAAAUCUGUCACAGCUGCUCGCCCGCCAACAAAACCACAGAACACGCAAGGCCUCGCCCUCCUCGCUGCCUGGGCGACUUAACAGAGCCCUCUCUCUGGGAACCAUCCCCUCCCUCGCCCGAGCAGAUUCUGGUUUUCUCUUUAGUGGAAGUAGACCAUCUUCACAAUGCAAAGAGUCGCCACCAUCAGACUACUUUUCCCUAAAAUCUGGAAGCCGGCCCUCCUCUCCUGCCCCAUCUCCAGCCCCUUCAGUGGCAGGUUCUGUCACUUCCACCUCCAGCUCUGCCAGGCAGCGUCGGCCGCUCAUCAGCCCAGCGAGACUCAACAUUAGUGGACAAAAGCUGCAGCUUUUCUCCUCUUCUGUGGAGCCUUUCAGUUUGGCAUCACCACCUCUGUUCCUGUCUGAACACAACCACGUACACAGUGGAGGAUUUUUGCCUGAUGUGCCACACUUCCACUCACAAAAUCAUGGUUCUGUGAUUGAUGAAGGCAGUGUGUUUGAGCAUGCAGUAAAGCCAAUGGGAAGCUCCUCUGGGUCUUCAAACUGCCAUGCAGACACAACCACAGGAAAUGUUCCGGAUAACAAGUCUGAAUGGAAGGGUUUUCUGAGCUUGUCCCUUUGGCCCGGGCUACUGUUCGCCAGCCUGACUGUUAACCUAAGCUUCAUCAGCUUCUAUUUGUAUUACAACUGGAGAUGAAAAUGAGGAUCAGACCUCAGAAGUCAGAAAGGAGGUCAAGCUCAUCUGCAAUGUGCACCGGUCUGUCCCUUGCUCAGCUCAUCUGGGUUCUUACGGAAAAACGAUAUGGAGGACGAUUGCUGCUUUUAGACAACAGAAGGAUUGUUUAAUAGCAGUUUAACUACAUCAUGAGACAUACAUCAUGAGAAGAUCUUAUUCUCCUAAACUCUGUUUAAAACCAAGUAUGGCGCUCGCUCGCUCGCUCUGUAAAAACAUGUUUUUUGUGCAUGUUUGUUGGUGGUUUUAAACACUGGAUGUGUGUGAGAAUGAGCGUGUUGUGUUUAAUUUAACAGAUGAAUGUUGGACUGAUUGUAUUAAACGUUUCAUUCAGCUUCUUUGCCAGUUACCGAUGUACAUAAAGUAUUUUCAUUUAUCCUACGUCCUCAGGAUAAUACCACGUCAUGUCAUUAUCAUAAUAAGUUGAUAAGGUGCAAUAUGUUUGUGUUAUUCUAGUUAGAUUAUGUGUCUUUGCGUUUGAGACUGUCAAUGUGAUGUUUUAUUAUUAAAUCAUGUCAGCUGCGUCUCAGAGGAAAAGAAGGAUAACAACACUGUUUGUACAUAAAGGAUUGAAUAAAUCUUGUUCUAGUUAUGCUGGC